AUGGGGGAGGAGAAUUCUGGGAUUGCAAAGGAUGUCACUGAAUUAAUUGGUAAAACACCAUUGGUGUAUCUCAACCAUGUUGUAGAUGGCUGUGUAGCAAAAAUUGCUGCUAAGCUGGAGAUGAUGGAACCCUGCUCUAGUGUCAAAGACAGGAUCGGAUACAGUAUGAUUAAAGAUGCUGAGGAGAAAGGUCUCAUUAAGCCGGGUGAGAGUGUCCUGAUUGAACCUACGAGUGGCAAUACUGGCAUAGGAUUGGCAUUUAUGGCAGCUGCUAAGGGUUACAAACUAAUAAUCACCAUGCCUGCUUCAAUGAGUCUCGAAAGACGAACCAUUCUUCUAGGAUUUGGGGCUGAGCUUGUCCUCACAGAUCCAGCCAGAGGCAUGAAAGGGGCUGUUCAGAAGGCAGAAGAGAUAGUGGCAAAGACACCCAAUGCUUAUAUGCUACAGCAAUUUGAAAACCAUGCCAACCCAAAGGUACACUAUGAAACUACUGGACCAGAAAUCUGGAAAGGCUCUGGUGGUAAAGCCGAUGCCUUUGUUUCUGGGAUAGGAACAGGAGGUACAAUAACAGGUGCUGGGAAGUACCUCAAAGAGCAAAACCCAAACAUCAAGCUCUAUGGUGUAGAACCAGUUGAAAGUGCUGUUUUGUCUGGAGGGAAACCCGGCCCUCACAAGAUUCAAGGAAUUGGUGCUGGCUUCAUCCCUGGAGUUUUAGAUGUCAACUUGAUUGACGAAGUUAUUCAAAUAUCAAGUGAAGAAGCUAUAGAAACUGCUAAGCAGCUUGCAUUGAAAGAAGGUUUGCUGGUGGGGAUAUCAUCCGGUGCUGCUGCUGCUGCUGCGAUUGAAAUUGCAAAGAGGCCAGAAAAUGCUGGAAAGCUCAUUGUUGUGGUCUUCCCCAGCUUUGGAGAGCGUUAUCUAUCCUCUGUGUUGUUCGAAUCUGUGAAGCGGGAGGCUGAGAAUAUGGUUUUCGAGCCCUGA